GCUGGUAGGGGCACUGUUGGAAUGGUGGCACGUUUUGUUCCUCCUCAUCUCAAUAACAAAUCCUGCAGAGUAACAUCUCUAUGCUAUAGCGAAGAUGGACAAGAGAUCCUUGUUAGUUACUCUUCGGAUUACAUAUACUUGUUUGAUCCCAAGGAUGACACAGCACGAGAACUUAAAGUUCCUUCUGCUGAAGAGAGACGGGAAGAGUUACGGCAACCUCCUGUUAAACGCUUGCGGCUAAGAGGGGAUUGGUCAGACACUGGACCAAGAGCAAGGCCCGAGAGUGAGCGAGAAAGAGAUGGGGAGCAAAGUCCUAAUGUCUCCCUAAUGCAGAGGAUGUCAGACAUGCUGUCAAGAUGGUUUGAAGAAGCUAGUGAAGUUGCACAGAGCAAUCGAGGAAGAGGAAGAUCACGGUCCAGAGGUGGGACUAAUCGGACAGAUGCUCCUGCUACUAAUAACGUGCCACCUACUACAGAAUCAGAAACUGCAAUGGAAGUAGAUGGUUCUGAACCACUUCCAUCAUCUUCCUCUUCUACAAUGUCAGCCCAAGCUCCUUCAACAUCAUCUUCAGCAGAAAGUCCCCCUUCAACUUCAUUAUUGUCCUCUCCUGAUAAUGAACAAAGGCCUUCUUUAGGGGCCUCAGCUCAACCUGUGCUCCAUCAGUCUGAGUUAAUGGGACCUGAGUUAGCUAUAAUCCGUAGGGGUCUGCAGCGACUGAGGCUUAAGAAGGCAGAACAACAGAGACAGCGAGAGCUAGCUGAGGGUUCAGCGCCACAGUCGUCCUCUUCUGAUCAGUCCUCCUCUAAGGGCUCCUCACAGGACCCUCAGACAUCAGAUUCUCCUUCUUCUGUGGUUAACAAACAGCUUGGAUCCAUGUCACUUGAUGAGCAACAGGAAAGCGAUAAGCCACGAACAGGAGCGGGUGAACCAGUUUUAAGCUUGCACUACAGUACAGAAGGAACAACUACAAGCACGAUAAAACUGGACUUCACUGAUGAGUGGAGCAGCACAAAUUCAAGCUCUAGAGGGAGUGGAAGUCAUUGCAAAACUGAAGGCCAAGACGACUCUGUAAAAACAAAAGCCUUUGAAGAAUCGGGGCCUGAAGAUGAAGGAACAAGCGUUCCUGAUGCAUCUCCCAAGGAAGAUAAAAGUGCUGAAGAUCUGAAAACUACAGAUGAAACUGUAGAGACGACAGAAGCAUCUGUAUCGGAUAAACCUGCUCCUGAGCGUUCUGGAAUCCAACCAGAAGAAAAUGACCCCAGUGUUGAUGCUGUCUCUGGAAAUGCAGAGGAAGAAGCCUCUGGUGAAAAAAGUGUGAAUCAAGAAAUGUCAAGUACUGAAUCCACUGCCAACUCACUUGCUGCAAACGAUGAACCUCAGCCACAUCCAGAAUCCUCAGGGCUUGCACCUUCAGACGAAUCCUCUACUAGGACCUCAGCUCUCCAAGAAACUGAUGAUAGUGAUGAUGAUCCUGUUCUGAUCCCAGGGGCAAGGUAUCGAGGAGGACCAGGACACAGACGAUCUGCUGUUGCCCGCAUUCAGGAGCUCUUCAGGAGGAGGAAAGAAAGAAAAGAAAUGGAAGAACUGGAAACGUUGAAUAUUAGACGUCCUUUAAUAAAGAUGGUUUAUAAAGGUCAUCGGAACUCCCGAACAAUGAUAAAAGAAGCCAAUUUUUGGGGAUCUAACUUUGUCAUGAGUGGUUCAGACUGUGGCCAUAUUUUCAUAUGGGAUCGACAUACUGCUGAACAUCUCAUGCUGCUGGAAGCUGAUAAUCAUGUGGUGAACUGUCUUCAGCCUCAUCCGUUUGACCCAAUUCUGGCUUCUUCGGGUAUUGAUUAUGAUAUAAAAAUUUGGUCACCACUGGAAGAAUCCAAGAUUUUUAACAGGAAACUUGCAGAUGAGGUUAUAACACGUAAUGAAUUAAUGCUGGAAGAGACCAGAAACACUAUUACUGUUCCAGCCUCUUUUAUGUUACGAAUGUUGGCUUCAUUGAAUCAUAUAAGAGCAGACCGAUUGGAAGGCGACAGAUCAGAAGGAUCUGGUCAGGAGAAUGAAAAUGAAGAUGAAGAGUAACUGGCAGUUGUGUGCAAGCACCUAGACGUUAAUGGAAUUUGUAUAAGACAUUAAUUAUAUUUUUCCUUACAGAGCUUUAGUGCAAUUCUGAGGUAUUGCUUUUGGAUAACCUAACCUUUUGUUUUUGAAUGACUGUGUGCAUGACUUUGGGAGAGUGUGCAAGUUAAAAUAAGCAAAAAUGUUUUUAAAAUGUUUUGCCAUGUAUGAGGGGUGCUAGAAGAUGCAAAGUGCAAUAUUUUCCUUAACCUGCAGAUGUGGGAGCUUGGAUCAAUGUUUUAAAGUAACUUUCAUUAUAGUAAUAAAGUUGGUUCAGAUAAAUUUCUAUACCUGCCAUUUGCAUGUUUGUUGCUUUCUAAUUAAAAGACUUGGUUGUUUUAAGUA